AUGACAGUAACGUACUCCCGCAGGGUUGCUGAUGCAGGUCUGGGAACCUUCUUUCACCUGCUCCUGCGAUGGAAAGGCAGCAUUUAUAAACUUCUCUACAGAGAGCUCAUCAUCUUCACUCUGCUCUACUACUUCUUCAGUAUUGUUUAUAGGUUUGUGUUCAAUGAUGACCAGAAGAGGCUGUUUGAGAGGCUGUCCAUAUACUGUGACCGCUAUGCAGAGCUCAUCCCAGUGUCCUUUGUGCUGGGUUUCUACGUGACCUUGGUCGUGUCCCGUUGGUGGGGCCAGUUUGAGAAUGUCCCCUGGCCGGACCGCCUGGCAGCAUUAGUGGGUGGUCAUGUUCGAGGGGCUGACGAGGCGUCCAGGCUGACCCGCCGAACUCUGAUGAGAUACGCCAACCUGUCUGGUGUGCUCAUCUACCGCUCUGUCAGCACGGCCGUCUACAAGAGGUUCCCCACCACGGAGCACCUGGUGCAGGCAGGUUUGAUGACAUCAGAGGAGCUGAGGCACCUAGAGGACUUACCCUCUCCUCAUAACAAGUUCUGGGUCCCGUGCAUGUGGUUCGUCAGUCUGGCUCUGAGAGCUCGGACUGAGGGUCGCAUCAACAAUGACGUGGCGCUCACAGCCAUUCUCACUGAGUUGAAUAGUUUACGGGCAAAGUGUAUGAAGCUGUACGGUUAUGACUGGAUCAGCCUGCCUCUUGUCUAUACUCAGGUGGUGACAGUUGCUGUCUACAGCUUUUUCCUGGCUUGUCUGAUUGGUCGUCAGUUCUUGGAUCCAGCUAAGGGUUACCCAGGUCAUGAUCUGGACUUCUACCUGCCUGUGUUCACCCUGUUGCAGUUUUUCUUCUACGUUGGUUGGCUGAAGGUGGCUGAGCAACUCAUAAACCCUUUUGGUGAAGACGAUGAUGACUUUGAGACCAACUGGCUUGUUGAUCGCAAUUUACAGGUGUCCUUGUUGUCUGUGGAUGAGAUGUACGACAGCCUGCCGCUGGUUGAGAGGGAUAUGUACUGGAAUGAGUCUGAGCCUCAGCCUCCCUACACUGCUGCCAGUGCUGAACACCGCAAACCCUCCUUCAUGGGCUCAGCCCUGGAUAUCAGUGUUCCUAAGGAGGAGAUGGAGUUUCAGUCCAAUCUGGAGCAGAUCAAAGAACAUGAAGAAGCCAACUACUCCACCCCACUGCUGGGAGGGCUGGGUCGUCUUCUUGGUGUUCAGUCCCCUAACUUUCCUCGCUCCUCCCGGGUCUCUCUGCUGCGCCGCCGUCCUGGAGCUCCACUAAGUCGCUUCCCUCUUUACCUGCACCCAGAGGCUCCAUCAACUCCGAGUCAAGUUCGCCAGCCUUUGAACCAGGAGCGAGAUCCAGACUAUGCCUUCUCCACCAUGCCCUUGUAUGAGAGACCAGGUUUCUACAGCUGCCCACAAACACCCAUCCACUGCGUGCCCCCUGCAGUGCCCCGCCCUCGACCCGCCCGGAGAGCCCAGAAUGAAUGGGAUCGCAGCUGCAGCUCCCUCGCCCCUCCAACGGUGGGCUCACAGCUGCUGCCUCCUGACACCCCAAACCAUGUCCCCCCACCGCCAUCCUCUGCUUUCCCCUGGCUGAGUGAGGAUGGGGAGAUGCAGAGUGCCCCUACCUUCUCCUUCCCUGACCCUCUACCUGAACUCUGCCCAAUAUCUAAACUCAGACCAGGACACGGCCUGCUGUCUCGCCGGCCUCCCCCUCCUCGCCUUACUCUGGACAACCUCCCCUCAGCCGACAGCCAGCCUGGACCCCCGAGUGCUCGAGCCGCAGGAAGCGGAGGAGAAAGGGUGUUCUCGUUCACUCCUCCCUCUCGAACAGCCGCAGCAAAUCCCAGUAAUCCCAACAGCAGCUCUAGCAGCAUUAAUGCAACAAGCACCAACGGCGCUGGCACGACGGGAACUCUCUGCAACGGUACAAGUCACAGUAAUUUUAGUAACCAUGGGAACUUCAGCGCCAACAUGAGGGCAAGCAACGGGGGCACCAACGGUGGGCUGAGCAGUAACAUGAACACAGUUUCCACUUCAGCAUCAUCGCAACAAGAAACCAAUCAGCAAAACUCCCCCAAUGAUUCAGGAAUCUCACUGGCUGAAGGGGACCUGCUGGGUGUCUUGGUGGAUGGUGGGGUGAACAAGGCGGCAGGAGGGAGAGAACAAGAUUGA